AUGCACUCGUCAUUCGAUAAUAAUCGGCAACUGAUGACCGGCGCUCGCGCGGUGUCGCUCCCGAGCGGCGCCGCGCCGCUCCUCAACCCCGCGGAUGCAGUGUGCUAUGCAAAUAAUGCACACAGUAACGAUAAACGCACACAUCGUUCUUUGCAACCGGUUUUGUUGUCCACCGCGCUAAUCGAAGUACGAACUCGAAAUAAUGUUUAUUUACUCGCAAAUGCAUUAUUAGAUAACGGAAGCGAACGCAGUUUUAUAACCGAAGCCUUUAGUAAAAAACUAGGGGUAGAAUUCUUACAGUCCACUCACGAAAUAAGAGGUGUAGGUAAUUCAGUGACGCAAUGCACGAAAUCAUGCGACAUUGAGAUUAAAUCGCGCAUAUCUACCUACACUACUAAACUACAUUGUUUCAUAUUGCCGCUAAUUUCAAGUACGUUGCCCGCUGUACAUUAUGAACGCGCGAAGUUUCGUAUACCUAAUAGUUUACAGCUGGCAGACCCGCAUUUUCUUAAUUCUCGAAAAAUAGAUAUUUUAAUCGGCGCAGAUAUAUUUUGGGAAUUAAUACACGAAGGUAAUAUAAGGUUACCUAACGGACCUUAUUUACAAAAUACGCAUUUAGGCUGGAUAAUAUCGGGACCUAUCGUAUUUAAUACGCGCAACGAUAGGCUUAUUCAGUGUAAUUUCACGCAAUCGAUAGACACGCAAUUACGCCAAUUCUGGGAGAUCGAGCAGCUGCCUCGGGAUCGGGAUACACGCACAGAUGCUGAGCGUGCUUGCGAAGAACUGUUCACUCGUACUACGACGCGCAAUGACGAGGGACGGUUUAUUGUUAGCAUACCUCUUAAGUCAUCACCCGAUCUUUUGGGCGAAUCACUUCCACAGGCGGAACGACGCUUCCUAGCGUUAGAAAGGCGGUUAGAACGCGCGCCCGCUUACAAAAAAUUAUACGCAGAUUUUCUUCAUGAAUAUGAGAGCCUAGGUCAUAUGACUCGCGUUUCGACCUACGGAACCCCUCAUUAUUUUAUGCCGCAUCACGGCGUAUUUCGCGAAAAUCACUCGACUACUAAACUUCGAGUUGUUUACGAUGCUGGGGCCGUUUCUAGCACGGGAAUCAGCUAUAAUGACCUACAGUUGGUAGGCCCGCCUAUUCAAGGCGACCUAAUUUCAAUUAUAUUGCGCUUCAGGCAACAUCGGUACGUCGCAUGCGCAGACAUCGAAAAGAUGUACCGACAGUGCCUUGUUGAUGAAAAGCAGCGAGAUCUUCAGCUGAUUCUCUGGCGCGACGAAACCACGCAGCCACUCGGUGUCUAUCGACUCAACACGGUCACCUACGGAACCGCGUCCGCGCCGUUUUUAAGUUGUCGCUGCCUAAAACAACUUGCAUGCGAAGCAACCAAUCCCGAAGUGUCGCGAAUCAUCAAUGAAGAUUUUUACGUCGAUGACAUGAUCACGGGUUCUCACGACAAAGAAACAUUAUUAAAAUUGUGCGAAGAAACAACCAAGACGUUGCAAGCUGGUUGUUUCCCACUACGCAAGUGGAUUUUCAAUUUUACGUGUGAACCCGAGAUGACGUCAUCGUCGUGCGCUUCUAAGCAAAUACUCGCGGAAAAUACAAAUCACAAAACAUUAGGUAUUGGUUGGCUUAAUGACAGCGACGAAUUUUAUUUCAAUACAGAAUUUGAGUCUAGGAAUGAACCUAUAACUAAACGCAUAAUUCUAUCAUACGCAUCUCAAAUUUUCGAUCCACUGGGGAUUUUAAGUCCAUUUAUCUUGCCUGCAAAAAUGUUAUUACAACACUUGUGGUUAUUAAAAUUGGACUGGGACGACAUCGUACCUACUGACAUCGCGCGUCAGUGGAACCGGUUUCUCGCUUCGCUGUCGAUCCUAAAAACGAUACGUGUUCCUCGAUAUGUCAUGGAUAUUGAUCCUAUAUCUACCGAGAUGCAUAUUUUUAGCGACGCUUCUCAAACCGCAUACGGCGCGUGCGUUUAUAUAAGGACCGUAAGCGCUAAUACGGUCAAAGUGCAAUUGCUCUGUUCUAAAGGGAAGGUUGCACCGCUAAAAACCGUCAGCAUCCCACGGUUAGAGCUUCUCGGUGCUCUAGUGGGCGCUCGCCUUUAUAACAAGGUUCGCGAUUCACUUCACUGCAACUUCGAUCACGUAAUAUUUUGGACGGACUCGACAAUUGUCUUAGGUUGGCUGCGCAUGCCGCCACGAUUGUUAAAUACGUUCGUUCAAAAUAGGACAAUAGAAAUUCACGAUUUGACGAAGGAUCUCCCGUGGCGUCAUGUAAGCGGGAAGGAGAACCCAGCUGAUCUCGUUUCGCGUGGGGUUGUGAAUCUCGAGGAGCUCUCUUCGUCUAAUUUGUGGUGGGAAGGGCCAGCCUUCCUUCGUGACAGUGAAUUUGACUGUGAAAACGUACCUCCCUUUUACACGCACGAAGAUCAGUCAAAUGACUUACCUGAAAUAAAGGGUAGUGACGUCACCGCGUUAGUAGCCCAGGAUAGGCCGAGCUCUGAAGAUGGAUCUAUUAUCGAUUUCCAACGAUUCUCUCGGUUCAGCCGGCUGAGACGCUCAACUGCUUAUGUUUUACGGUUUUUACAUAAUACGCGCAAUAAACUUAAUAAGCGGUCGAGCGUUCUUACCGUCGAUGAACUGAGAGAAGCCGACAACUUGUUGGUUAGGCUGUCUCAACUGGAAUCUUUUCCAGUUGAGUACAAGUCAAUAGCCAACAAUCGCGCGCUAAAAAAUAAACAUAAUUUAAGUAAAUUAAAUCUGUUUAUUGAUGACAAUAAACUGUUGCGAGUUGGCGGCAGGUUGGACUAUUCAGAGUUCGACUAUAAUAAAAAACACCCAAUUUUACUGUCAGGCAAACAUCAUUUUACGCUUCUUCUUUUUCGCCACGAACACAAAUCCUUGCUACACGCAGCUCCGCAGGCGCUUCUUUUUCACCUUCGUGAAUCUUGGUGGCCAAUCGCAGGCAGAAAUCUCGCUAGAAAGGUAGUUCAUGACUGCGUGGUGUGUAAGCGCCUGCGAGGUCAAACACUUACCCCUCUGAUGGGAAAUCUUCCCAGCGAGAGGAUCACACCCACUUUUCCGUUCUUUCGAUGCGGCGUUGACUAUGCCGGCCCAGUGUUCGUGUUGACCAGAAAAGGUAGGGGAGCUAAAACUACAAAGGCAUACAUUUGCAUUUUUAUAUGCCUCGUUACGCGCGCUGUGCAUUUAGAGCUGGUGAGUGAUCUUACUACUAAAGCGUACUGUCUCACACUCAACCGCUUUGUCUCACGCAGGUCAAAACCCGCUGAAAUGUGGUCUGAUAAUGGCCGCACCAUGGUCGGACUUAAAAACGAAUUCGCGCAAUUUUUAGAACGCUGUAGUUCUGACAUUAUUGAAUACGCAAAUCAACAAAAAAUUAAAUUUAAAUUCAUAGUGCCGUAUGCCAGCCACUUUGGUGGACUGUGGGAACGUGGAGUACAGUCGUGCAAGUACCACCUUCGCCGCGUGGUCGGUAACGCGCAUCUCACAUACGAAGAGUUCAGCACAGUAUUAGCACAAGUUGAAGCUGUCCUGAAUUCUCGUCCCCUCUCCCCAAUGUCUUCCGAUCCUAACGACUUCCUUCCUCUUAGUCCUGCUCAUUUCCUGGUUGGCCGUACGCUCACCGCACCUGCCUACGACAACCUGGUGGAUACGCCCACGCAUAGACUCGAUCGGUACCAGAGGGUGGAGCAAAUUCGACAACACUUUUGGAGACGCUGGUCGAAAGAAUACAUAUCCGAGCUGCAAACACGGACGAAGUGGAGACAAAACACGCAAGACCUCAAACCCAACACUAUGGUCAUCAUCAAAGAGGACAACUUCCCGCCGUUGAAAUGGCAUCUCGGACGAGUCAUCAGAAACAUACCUGGGAAGGAUGGAAUCUCAAGAGUCGCGGAAAUACAAACUGCAUCCGGGCUUGUGAGGCGAGCUUACGCAAAGAUCUGCCCAUUAGUCGACCCUGAUGACGACAGUCUUGGAAGCCAAGAGCUCCAAGGCCGGGGGCAUGUUGCGGCGUCGUAGAUCGGAACGCUGACCGCGGGCGUGGGCCAACCUGAUUGGUCCACGUAGCUGUGUCGUCGACUUUUUCAAAACGUCAAUUCAAAUGGACAUUCGACUUUCGCUUUUCGUUUAUAUAAUAACAUCGUUGUUUUCCAAAUUCGCACUUGUAAUCGCUAAUUAGUUUUGAUUAAACCAAAAUAUCAAAAGUUCUCUUUUUUCUUCAAAUACCAAGCGC